AUGAAGCUCACCUUCAAGGAUUUGAAACAACAAAAGUUCACCAUCGAUGCUGAGCCAUCGGAGACGGUCGGACAAGUCAAGGAGAAGAUCUCUACCGAAAAAGGAUGGGAGGUUCCCCAGCUGAAGCUCAUCUAUUCUGGAAAGAUUCUUCAAGAUGAUAAGACUGUCGAAUCAUAUAACAUUGAGGAAAAGGGUUUCAUAGUGUGCAUGGUGUCCAAGCCCAAGCCUGCUCCCUCCUCCGCCGCUUCCUCUCAAGCACCAUCAACCCCUACGAGAGCACCCACUUCGACGCCAGCUGCACCAGCUGCCCCCGCGCCAUCGGCAGCCACCUCGACACUAGCGGUCCCUGCGACUCCUUCUCCUGCCGGAGCUCCCCCGGCGUCAACCGAUACCCCGGCCCUCAAUGACCCGUCUGCGCUGCUCAGCGGUUCGCAGAGCGAGCCCGUCAUUGCUCAGAUGGAGAGCAUGGGUUUCGCCAGAGAAGAUAUUACUCGUGCAAUGAGAGCCGCCUUUUUCAACCCUGAUCGUGCGAUUGAAUAUCUGUUGAACGGUAUCCCAGAGGACAUUCAGCAGGAACAACAACAAUCCGCUGCGGCCGCCCGUGCCGCCCAGGAACCUGCCGGUGAAACCCCCUCCGCCCCCGCUGCCCCCUCUGGCGAAGACGAGCCCGUCAACCUGUUUGAAGCCGCAGCCCAGGCUGGUGAUGGCGCACGUGGGGCGCGUCCCGGUGGUGGUGCCGGUGGCGAAGCACUUCCGAACCUCGAUUUCCUUCGUAACAACCCUCAUUUCCAACAACUGCGUCAGCUUGUUCAACAGCAGCCUCAGAUGCUCGAGCCCAUUCUUCAGCAGGUCGCCGCUGGUAACCCUCAAAUCGCGCAACUCAUUGGCCAAAACGAAGAACAAUUUCUCCAGUUGUUGAGUGAAGACGGUGAAGACGUGCUUCCUCCGGGUACACAGACGAUCAGUGUUACGGAAGAUGAGAGAGAUGCUAUUGAGCGCCUUUGCCGUCUUGGCUUCUCGCGGGAUCUCGUCAUUCAAGCCUACUUUGCAUGCGACAAAAACGAAGAGCUUGCCGCCAACUACUUGUUCGAGAACCCCGAUGACCCCGACGAUCUAUAA